AUGCUUUUAGACUGCAUCCCUACCUCAGCCCUUUCCAAAAGCGGGGAGGAAAACUGGUAUGAUUUCAAUGCAAGUGUGAGACUCGCCAGCGCCUCCCCCAGGAGACCAUUGCAGCCGGCCGGCCCCCGCUCCGUGGUAACCACGUGUGACCGAAAGGCUGUGAUCAAGAAUGCCCAUAUGUCGGAGGAGAUGCAACAGGACUCGGUGGAGUGUGCUACUCAGGCCUUGGAGAAAUAUAAUAUAGAGGACAUUGUGGCCCAUAUCAAGGAGUCCGACAAGAAGUACAGCCCCACCUGGCACCGCAUCGUGGGGAGGAACUUCAGUAGUUAUGUGACACGUGAAACCAAACACUUCAUCUACUUCUACUUGGGCCAAGUGGCCAUUCUCCUGUUAAAAGCACGGACUGUGCCACACACCCAGUGA